GGGAGGCGGGGGCAGCAGCAGGUGCUGCUGCAGGUGGACAGACGGGCGGGCAGGUGGUAGGGUAGAAAAGGCGCUCCAUCGGCCAGAUAGGUGUUGGACGGGAGAGCUGAAGACAGAAAAGCAGAACACAGAGAAACGUGCCAGAGCAGGUGCGGGAAGGCCAGGCGGUGUCAUAACAGGAAGCGGGCCGACAACAGGCGGAUUUCAGUGGUGGCAUGAGGCUCCUCCCCUCUGUGAACUGCCUAGUGGGGCCAGGAAGAGACAGGGCCAGUGACAGGGACGGGGAUAGUGCUCACUCCUUGCCCCGCACUCGCUUCUUGUGGACUCAGUGUGAGUCGGGAAGGACCCACCAGAACGUUGCAAAGUGUCAUGUCUAGUGUGGCCUGAGCAGAUGCGGCAAGGAGCUUCGUGGGGGUGGGAGGUAAGCUGAUCGGGCAGCGGAGCAUUCAGAAUCCUGGUAGCCAGCCCCGCUCCCUGAGAAUCCUGGGGUGGGGGGACAGGCAGGAGCCGUUUUCACAGCCCCCCCAAAGGAUGCAGCCAAGGAUGGAUGUCCCCGCAGUGGAACCAGCGGACCAGAGCCCUUGAAGCUAAUAAGAAGGAGGGAACUGCAGCAGAAGUUGCUGUAAGGAGCUGUGCUCCCAGCCCCACAAAAGAGCUGUGAGACCAUAUUCGGCCCAUGCAGUUGCUGAACAGAGAGAGACACUGGCAGAACCCCGCAGAGAACCCAGGACCCAUGACUGAGCUUUAAAGAAAACUGAGUACCUCCCACCACUUCGAACCCAAAACUACCUACAAUAAAGACUAUCUAUGGAGAGAAAGGAAGGAUGAAUGGACAGUCUUUGAUUGGCGCCGCUGGGGACGCCCCUGGUGGUCCUCUUUGGAAGGACCCUUGUGGAGAUGAGGCUGGUGAGGCCGGGCUCCGAGGCUUCGCCUGGCUCGGCGUGGUCCGGGCACACGGGCCCCCGGAUCAGGUGCUUGUUGGCUAUGAUAAAUGCAACAAGGAUGGGGCCAAAACUAGCCAUGAGGACCCCUUAUUCACAGCCUGGCCACAGGGAGAAGAUGAGCUGGUUUAUCUGGAUAGAUUUGGGGAGCCGGAGGAAGAGGUAACCAUGGAGGACAGCCCCACUAUGGUUAAAAUGGACCAGGGUGAAAAUCAGGUUUUACCAAGUCCAAGAAGAAGGUGUCUCCCCAAGGCACUUGGCUACAUCACUGGUGAUAUGAAAGAAUUCGCCAGCUGGCUUAAAGACAAACCACAGGUGCUCCAGUUUGUUGACUGGGUCCUUCGGGGCAUAUCCCAAGUGGUGUUCGUCAGCAACCCCAUCAGUGGAAUCUUGAUUCUGGUGGGACUCCUGGUCCAGAAUCCCUGGUGGGCACUUAAUGGCUGUGUGGGAACGGUGGUCUCCACCCUGACGGCCCUAUUACUUGCUCAGGACAGGUCAGCAAUAGCUACAGGACUCCAAGGCUACAAUGCCACACUGCUGGGAAUCCUCAUGGCUGUCUUUUCAGACAAGGGCAACUAUUUCUGGUGGCUAUUACUCCCGGUGUCGGCUAUGUCCAUGACUUGUCCAAUUUUCUCAAGCGCGUUGAACUCCUUGUUCUGCAAAUGGGAUCUCCCGGUCUUCACUCUGCCCUUCAACAUGGCAUUGUCGAUGUACCUAUCGGCCACAGGACAUUACAAUCCAUUCUUCCCAGGCAAAUUGUUCAAACCUGUAACCGCGGUUCCCAAUGUCACCUGGCCUGAGCUCAAUGCCCUACAGUUAUUGAAAUCGCUGCCCGUGGGUGUGGGCCAGAUCUAUGGCUGUGAUAACCCGUGGUCGGGGGGCAUUUUCCUGUUCGCCCUUCUGCUCUCCUCCCCACUCAUGUGCCUGCACGCAGCCAUCGGAUCGCUGCUGGGGAUAGCAGCAGGACUCAGUGUUUCGGAGCCUUUUGAGAACAUCUACUUUGGACUCUGGGGUUUCAACAGCUCUCUGGCCUGCAUUGCAAUCGGAGGAAUGUUCUUGGCUCUCACCUGGCAAACCCACAUCCUAGCUCUCGCCUGUGCUCUGUUCACUGCCUACCUCGGAGUCAGCCUGUCCCACAUGAUGGCUGUGGUGGGGCUGCCGGCUUGCACCUGGCCCUUCUGUUUGGCCACACUCCUCUUCCUCUUGCUGACCACGAAAAAUGCCAACAUCUAUAGGAUGCCCCUCAGCAAAGUCACUUAUCCUGAAGAAAACCGCAUCUUCUACCUCCAGGCCAAGAAGAAAAGGAUGGUUGAAAGCCCUUUGUGAGAGCAACCCCCACCCACAGCCAAGGUCCCAAGGGGGGACUGACAUGGCCGACUGCCCCCACGUGACUCCCAGGGUCUCGGCAAACUGCUGUUUUUCACUAGCAACAACAUUCACACUAACCCAUUGGCAAUCUGCUCUUAGGCUCAUUUUUGCGGCUUUCUUUUAGACUCCAGGAACAUCCCCAAACGUGUGAGAGACACGUCCAGAUGGUCUGCCCUGGCUGGGGCGUGGGUGCUAGACAUACACUCUACUUAUAAAGUCAAAUGCUCCAACAGAAAGAAGACAUGAGACCAGAGCUCACUAUUUCUCGAUAUUCUUGGUGUUUGGUUGGCUGCAUGAUACUGACAGUAUUAAAAAUUAAGCUCUACAAACCAACGAAGCCUUCAAAGAAUGGAAUUGGUGGUCACAAAUCAAAGUCAACCUAGAAUUCUCCGAUAAGCAGUUUGACUUGUUUAAAAUCAAUACAAGUUCCGUGAGACAGCUGUGGCACCCACAGCUGGUUCUCCAGCUCCUGGGCAGAAGGGCCUGGAUGCGGUCCUAUGUGUGUAAGGCCUUUUACAGGAGAUGGUUGAUUCUUUCCAGGCUGACACAUUGUGUGGGAGGGAGAAAGGGAUUUUAUCAGUCAGAAUGACUCUGUAGUGUUAUUUUUCUUAGACAUCGCAAAAGACAUUUUAGAUAAAGUAUAUGAUAUUUUUCUUAGGGGAAUGGAUUUGUUUUUUCAAUGAGGUAAAAUAGGAGAAGUUCCUGGUUUCACCAGCCCUUGGUUAUUAAAGAAAAGUUACAUUUUUUUAUAAAAUACUCAGCAUAGCUCUUUUUACUUUAAUCCCCAAGUUGAUUCUGUAAAUGCCAGGAAUGCCCAGAACCAAGUCAUCAACCUCCAGGGCCCUUUAAAACCACAUUUGGAAUUCAUCUGAGGAUGUCUUCUACCUUAUAAAGACUGAAAAUGAAGGUCAAAUUGUUUCUGGGUGCUCAGAAGUUGUUGAGUUUCUUACUUUAAAAAACAAAUUCAUGAUUUUCUGCACGCUCACAAUAUUCUCACUCAGAAACCUGACAAGACAUACCAGUAAAGGGUUCUCCUGUUUUUCUUUGCUUUAAUUAUAAAGUUAUCAGUCCUAUAAACAUUCUGUACCUGAACAUGUUGAGGAUGCUGUGGAAAGUUGGCUCACUACCUUCUAGUUCAGUCUGUAUCAAUUCAGUAUUUUGGGGGAUUCAAAAAGAGAAACCGUAGAAGCCUAAAGGAUUUUUCUCCUUGGAGUUUGCCAGGCUCAAUGCAAAACACACAGUUUGAUGCGUGAAAAAACAGAAGGGAAGGAAACCUACAAAUAUCUUGGGAAGAAGUCCACAUCUUCCUUUUCUCAGGGAACACAAACAGUGCUCCACUUCAACAACCCUGUAACCAAAGCCCUUUGAAGCCCUGAAUUUGCAACUCUCACAGAGUCAUGUGCAUGCCUGUAGAAAAACUAAAUUUUUAAUUGUUCAGAUGGACAUCUCCCUUGUUAGGGAAUUUGUGACAUAAGACUCAGGGGAGAGGGGGACACAAAAAAGCAAGCAGAACCAAAGAUAACCACAAGUGAAGAACCUGGGCCAUGGUUGAGCGACCCAGAGCCACUAACGUAUCUUCAGGCCCAUCUUCAUGAGGAGAUCAGGAGUGUUCUCUGUGCCUUCUCCUGGUGUGCUCACACAGCCGUGUAAAUGGGAACAUUCUAAAGCCUUGUACAUUGUCUAAUUUAAAUGGUAUUAACUUUCUCAGGCUAUUUUUGUUACUAAGUAUUAUCCUGAAAUAAAGUGAGUAUUUUGUUAGUUUUCUUAGGGAUCACUUGUGUUCUUUCCUAUCGUCUGUAUAACCAAUUUCCAAUUAAGAAUAUGAAUAAAAUUAUACUCACAGCUCA